UGCUCUACCCGAAUGGAGCUAUAAAUAGCUGCAACUCGACUUGCCAUAAAAAUAGUCGCUGCAAAAUGGUUCUAGCUGGAACUUGGAUUAUAUUGGGGUUGUCUGUGAGCAGCGCCUGCCUGGCUAGCGCUGCACCUCAGUUGCUGGACUUCCAGGAGGACACCUCGCUGUACGACGACAAUCUGAGUUUUAUCCAAGGCGAUGGCCAGAAAUUCGCCUCCUCUGCCACAACCAUCAUGGACAAUGGCCACACCUUAAUCCACGGCACGGGAGAUAGCAACAAAAUCAGCUACAAUGGACACACAAUCCUCGUGGAACACGGCGUCAUUCGGCUGUUGGAGGGGGACAAGCCGUACACCUUCCGUCCGCAGGCGGACAGUGUGGAGACUCGCAAAUCAGUCAGCAUUAAUGGCCACCCAGCCACAGUGCAGUUCUCGCGGGGAAAUAUAUUUGUGCAUCUGCCCGAUGGCACGGUGGUGGCCAAGAGUGGCAACAACUACUUUGUGGGCGAUCGCUAUGCGGUGGAGAAUCGCGACACGAUGCUGCACAAAGGCCAUCUCUAGCAGCACAACAACCCAACAACGAACAACAUUCGCUUCGCUGUGCUCCGUGGGGGCGUCAUAAAAAUGCUAAAUAUAUUUACUGAGAAAAUACAA